AUGGACGCUGAGAAACAGUCGGCUUUCCACGCAGAGCAUGAGGCUGAGAACCAGCUCGCUCAUCUAGCAAACCAGGAAGACCAUGAAACCAGCAAGAUACAGGCCAUCAGAAAGAACCCUUGGGUUUUUGGCUGGUGUCUCUUUGCUGUGUGGACAGUCAUCCUAGUCAGCUUUGAGAACCAGGCGUCGGGAAAUAUCCUCGGAAUCCCGGAAUUUCGAAAAGAUUUUGGCUCUUUCUUUGAAGGCUCGUAUGUCUUGUCUGCGCAAUGGCAGUCAGCUUUUAGUGGUGCUCCAGUUGCAUCGCAGAUCGUUGGUGCUCUGAUCUGUGGCCAGUUAUCCGACCUGAUCGGCCGGAAGAAAACCGUCAUCAUCGCUCUAGCCCUGUCUUUUGCUGCAAUCAGCAUGGAAUUUGUUGCUACGACCAAUGCAUUAUUCUUCGGUGGCAAGUUUUUGAAUGGUUUUGCUGUCGGCACAUUACAAGCAGUGACAAGCACUUAUGUGGGAGAAAUUGUUCCUCUCGCGCUCCGCGGCUUGGUGACAUGUUUGAUCGCUCUCUCCUAUACGCUCGGUCCUUUUUGUGUCGCCUUGAUUGUCAACAGCACUGGAACUUAUACCAACCGCUGGGCCUAUAGAGCAGUAUUCUGCUCUCAGUAUGGAUUUGCUGCCAUCUCGGCUAUCUUCGUGUGGUUCAUGCCAGAAUCACCCUGGUGGCUAGUCAGCAAGGGGAAGGAAGACCAAGCACUCAACAGUCUACAUCGCCUCGGAUAUAGCGCUUCGUCGGGCGAAGAUGCCAAACGUCUUUCGAACAUCAAAGUCACCCUGGAAGAGAUCCGUCAUGAGACCGAAGGCGUAACCUACCUUGAGUGCUUCCGGGCCUCGAAUCUUCGACGAACCAUCAUUUCCAUCGCACCUCUUUCAGUACAACAAUUCACGGGCAUCGUCUUCGCUGCGUCCUACUCGACUUACUACGCAGAGCUUGCCGGAUAUAGUACCGACGCGGCCUUUAAGCUUCAGAUUGUGCAGCAAGUUCUCUCUAUGAUUGGAAAUGUGAUUUCGUGGUACUUGAUUGAUAAGGUCGGUCGUCGCACUUUGACUGUAUACGGCACUGCUGGACUUACUGUUAUCCUCUGGGUGAUGGGUGGUCUCGCCGUUGGCGGCUCCCCAGGAGAACUCAAGGGUACUGUAGCCAUGAUUCUCCUCUACUGCUUCUUCUACAAUGUCACAAUCGGCGCCACAGCAUACACCGUCUUGACAGAAGUUUCUACCGCUCGUCUACGCGUCAAGACAAUUGCCCUUGGUCUUGCACUUCAAUCUUGUUUUGGCCUCAUGUGGAGCUUUGUAUUACCUUAUCUUUUCAAUCCCGACAAGGCCAAUCUUGGUGGAAAGGUUGGUUUUAUCUUCGGUGGCUUGUCCUUCCCCUGUAUUGCCUUCUUAUGGUGGUUCCAGCCUGAAACAAAGGGGCGAUCAUAUGAGGAGUUGGAUGAAAUGUUCACCAAGCGAAUUCCCGCUCGUGAAUUUGCAAAGUACCAUCCUGAUGUUCAGCGGCGAGGUGAAGAGGUCAAGGCCGAGAUAUAUCAGUCUUGA